AUGCAGCCAAAGUCUGGAGGCCUCACUGACCCGCACAUGCCCAGGUCCCCUGGGUCAGGAAGUAGGUUGUCAUGUGCUCAGAGGAAACCCUGGGGCACAGCGUCUGUCGCUCCCUCCCAGGUGUGGUCAGGCAGGUGUGGGCAUGUAACUGUGGCCACAGGCUCACAGGUGUGCCACCCCCUCCAGGUGCUGCUGUGGUCAGCCAACAAGGUGUUUGAGGAGCUGACAGACAUCGAGAGGCAAUUCCACAAGGCCUUCUACACCGUGCGGGCCUGUCUGAACUGUGACCGAUACUCGGUGUGCCUCCUGGACAUGACCAAGGAGAAGGAAUUCUUUGAUGUGUGGCCUGUGCUGAUGGGAGCAUCCCAGCUGUACUCAGGCCCACGCACGCCAACGGCCACCACUCCACCGGCCGCCCACUGGGCCCUGGCCAGCGGCCUUCCGCCCUGCGUGGCAGAAAGUGGCUUUGUGAGUCCCGUGCUGUCUGUGCCGCGGCCCUGCCCUGGCCUGGUGCCUCCCUGCCUGUCUCCCUGUGCCGCAGCCAGCCCUCAGCUGCUGUGCUUUGCCAGCUUCCAAGUUCGCCCCUUGCCAAUUCGUAACAACACGAAUGCCUCCGCUGAUGAAGUGUUCCAAUUUCAGCCAACCAGGGGGCGCCUGGGGAAGGAGCCUGCUGACUGCGAUGAGGACGAGCUCGGGUCGAUCUUGAAGGAAGAGCUGCCGAGGCCCAGGAAGUUUGACAUCUAUGAGUUCCACUUCUCUGACCUGGAGUGCACAGAACUGGAGUUGGUCAAAUGUGGCAUCCAGAUGUACUACGAGCUGGGCGUGGUCUGCAAGUUCCAGAUCCCCCAGGAGGUCCUCGUGCGGUUCCUGUUCUCCAUCAGCAAAGGGUUGGAGAUCACCUACCACAACUGGCACCAUGGCUUCAGUGGCCCAACAAUGUUCCUGUUGCUCAUGACGGGCAAGCUGAAGGGCUACUACAUGGACGUGGAGGCCUUCACCAUGGUGACAGCCGGUCUGUGCCAUGACAUCAACCACCGCGGCACCAACAACCUGUACCAGAUGAAGUCCCAGAAUCCCUUAGCCAAGCUCCGUGGCUCUUUAAUUUUGGAACGCCACCACCUGGGGUUUGGGAAGUUCCUGCUCUCGGAGGAGAGCUUGAACACCUACCAGAACCUGAACCGGCAUCAGCACGAGCAUGUGAUCCACCUCAUGGACAUCACCAUCAUCGCAACAGACCUGGCGCUCUAUUUCAAGAAGAGGACGAUGUUCCAGAAGAUCGUGGACGAGUCCAAGAACUAUGAGGACAAGAAGAGCUGGGUGCAGUACCUGUCCCUGGAGACAACGGAGAAGGGGAUUGUCAUGGCCAUGAUGAUGACAGCCUGUGACCUGUCUGCCAUCAAGGUUAGUGCUCAAGUUGCUCUUCUGGUGGCCGCUGAGUUCUGGGAACAAGGUGACUUGGAAAGGACAGUCUUGGAUCAGCAGCCCAUUCCUGUGAUGGACAGGAACAAGGCAGCUGAGCUCCCCAAGCUGCAGGUUGGCUCCAUCGACUUCGUGUGCACAUUCGUGUACAAGUGUUUCGCCCGUUUCCACGGAGCGAUCCCGCCGUGUCUGAACGGUGCAGAGCGGCAGGAGGGAGCGGAGGCGCCGGCCGACGAGUGCGAGGCCAAGGCGAAGGCCCUGGAGGGGGAGGAGGAGGAGGAGGAGGAGGAGGAGGAGGAGAGGAGCAGCCGACGGAGAAGGGGCUGCGCUCCCGGCCGGGCCCGCGGGGCGGCACCGCUGGACCUCCCGGUGGGCACAGAAAUUUGCAAUGGUGGCCCAGCAGCCAAGUCUUCAACCUGCUGCAUCCUGUGA